AGACAGAACAAGGGAGGCAGAGUGUAAGCAGGAGAGAGAGAGAGAGAGAGAGAGAGAGAGAGAGAGAGAGAGAGAGAGAGAGGACACAUCAGGAGAAGAGGAAGAGAGGAGCCGUAAAUGCUUUUUCCAGCUGUAGCAGCUGCACUGUGGUGGACUUGGCAUCCUGCUCCGUGUGUGUGUGUGUGUGUGUGUGUGUCCUGAGCUGUGUGUGCAUGUGUGAGUGAGUGCAUGCCUGUAUUGGGCAGUGUGUGUGUGUGUGUGUGUGCUAGUGUGUGUGUGUGUGGGAGUGUGUGUAUCGCGUGCUACUUGAGACAUUCGCUGGCCGGCGCUGGACAGGCUGUCUGUGCCGGCGAGCGAGCAGUCAGCUCUGCCAAGAGCAUCACCGUGGGAACAGAGCCGUAAGAAUACUAACAGAAAAGAGAGAGAGAGAGAGAGAGAGAGAGAGAGAGAGAGAGAGAGAGAGAGGCUGAGGGAGGAGAGCAGAGGAGGGAGAAACAAAGUCAACGUGCAGCAGAGGAAAAAAGCGAGAACAUAAACAGCAGGAGGAGGAGAAAGGCAGAACACAGAGAGAGAGAGAGAGAGAGAGAGAGAGAGAGAGAGAGAGAGAGAGAGAGAGAGAGAGAGAGACUGACAAAGGGAGGAGAGGAGGGAGGAAGCAAAUCAACGUGCAGGAGGGGUGGGGAAGCAAGUGCAUAAAGAGAAGGAGGAGGAGGAGGAGAACGAGGGCUGGGACAUUUUUAAAAGGACUGGUCCUUGACGUUUUGCCGGCCCCUCUCUGUUGUGUGCUCUGCCCUUUUCCCUUUUUUUUUCACCGGCAAUGUGUCCAUGUGUGUGUGUUUGUGAAGUAAGAUGACACACCACUACCACUGCUGCUGCUUUUCAUUCUCUUACAGCACUUGAGUCUAUAGUACCUGCACACUUCCUCUCCUCUCUCCCUCUCUCUACCUCUCUGUACCAUUUCUCUAUCCUCCUCUUCUUCUUCUUCUUCCUCAUCCCCUCAUCCCCGGCUUUGGACAUGCAGAGCGUUCCGGAGGAGUGGAGGGAGAACACCUCCACCACCACCACCUCCUCCGACCAGGCGGCUGUCAAGGGCACCGCACAGCCCUGGGAAGGACACACGCUCUUCCAGAGGAACGGCACCACCACCUCCUCCUCCUCCACCACUGCCAAUGGAAGUGCUCCCGCAAAGAGGGACUCCGAGGACACGGACACGGCUCCCCAAGGGAAGGGGCACGGCAAGGGGGCAGAGGCGGACAAGGAGUCCCUGAUGAUGGAGCUGACGCGGCUGGUCCAGAAGACGGUGAAGGAGAGCAGCUGGUGGGAGAGGAGGGGCAUCGACUGUGCCAUCCUGGCCACGGCGUUCGCCUUCCUGCCCUUAGCCUUCCUCCUCCUCAGCUCAUCUCAGGUCCUGCUGUUUGCCAUGGGGAUGCUGGUUAUGGGAGUGGCUCACGGUGUCAUCACCAUCAAGGGGACCCACCUGGCCAGCCACGGGUCGCUAAGCGAGUCCCAGGCCUGGGGGGAGUUCUGGGCCGUUUUCUUCAUUGAGGUGUGUGGUUCCUUCACGGCGCGUGCGGGUGUGCAGGCUCACAUCAAGAUGCAUCACGCCCACACCAACGUCAUCGGCCUGGGAGACUCCAGCACCUGGAAGGUCCCCUCCCUGUCGCGCACGGUCUACCUGUUCAUCGCACCGCUAGCCGUACCCAUCAUUACUCCCCUAGUGGCGUUAGGGCAGCUGAAGGACCACUCGGCAGCGCAGGCCUUGCGUACGGUUGCCAUGGUGAUCCUGGGGUUCUACUCGCAGUACUGGCUGCUGAUGAACGUGUCCGGGUUCGAAUCCCCGGCCGCCGCUGUGCUCUGCAUGCUGGUCUGCAGGGCCAUGACCUCAAUGCCCUACAUACACGUCAACAUCUUCCAGCACAUCGGCCUGCCCAUGUUCUCUCCUACGCGGCGUCCGAAGCGCAUCUACCAGAUGACCCACGGCGUGCUGAACCUGCCCCGCAACCCUGUGCUGGACUGGAUAUUCGGACACUCGCUCAUCAACUGCCACGUCGAGCACCACCUAUUUCCUUUCCUCUCUGACCACAUGUGCCUUAAGGUGAAGCCGAUCGUCUCCAAGUACCUGAAGGAGAAGGAGCUGCCCUAUCAGGAGGACGCCUACCUCUCCAGGCUCCGCCUCUUCUUCCACCGCUACCAGGAGUUCAUGGUCUACGCCCCGCCCAUCACCGAGCUCGUAGGAGUGCAGUGAUGCAGGAGGAGGAGGAGGAGGAGGACGGAGAAGGAGGGAGAGGGAGGGAGAGGAAGAGGAGGGGGAGGAGUACGCCCAACCCCAACCAUCAAUGAACUCAUAUGGGGUGCCGUGAAGGAGGAGGAGGAGGAGGAGGAGGAGAUGAAGGUGAUGAAGGUGUAGAAGGGAGGAUGGAGGGAGGAGAAGGGGAAUAAUAAUGAGAAGAAGGACAAGAAGGGAAGAAUCACUUUUUUGACAGCUUAAUAAAGACACUUUGCUUUCAUGCUGAUGCACAAUUACAUAUGCACAAAGAGAGGGAGAGUCAUAGAGAGGGAGGAAGAAAAGAGAGCGAAGAACUCUCAUUUUUCCUUCCGUAGGCGGCCGAUGAGAUAUUGUGCUUCCAAAACAUCAUCUUCAGGCUAGCAGUGCAGAGGUAUUCAUGUGUUUUCUGAUUUCCCAAUAAUCAUUUUCUAUCUGUACUUCAUAUAUUCAUACUACGCCCACAUAGGCAUCCAUCUACAGAGCAGCAAGCUGUGAGUGCUUUCCAAUAUGCAGACUCCAGUCCUCGGCCUGUGCUUGUGGCCUCGCUUAUCGCUGACGCCCCGCCUCCGUGGAGAAAACGACAAAGUUUCCCCGCUGUCAGCCUAGCCACAACAACUAUGGGGGACUAUUUAUCAUUCACCAUCCUGAUUGCAGAUGAAGAAAAAAAUGACAUUAGAAUUGUGCUUUUGCGAGAUACUGAAAUACAAUUCUGUUGUCAGUGACGUCAUCACCAGGAGGCAAGUGAGCAUGGGAGGACGGGAGUCCGCAUAUCGGAAAGAACCCCCUAACUACUCUGCCCUACAAAGGCAAAGUGCAGAAACUACAUAUUUUGUGAAAAUAGAGUUUAGAUUGACAGCGCUCCUCAUUACGCCUCCAGCUUUUGACAAAGCCUUAUGGUCCAAAUGAAGGUGUAUGAACGGUGUAUCUCCAUUUUGUAGAAUUUUGAGAAAUUGACAUUUUUGUAUUGGACAUUCCAUUGAAUUGCAUUGCAAAAUGCAUUUUAUAUAGGUUAAAAAAGUGUGCUCUCAAGAUAUUUGAAUGGUAAGAAUUCACACAUAGGUGGUAGGCCCUCUGAACAGUCAUUUUCAAUAAUAAAAUGCAAAAGUUAAAAAAUGGAGAUACACCGUUUUGCAAAUAAAGCCUUCAAAUGUCUCCCGUCUUAGAGAUAUUGCUACAGCACUUUCCCUUUGUAUUUGUAGGACAGUAGGCUACAAAGGACAACGCGUAGGGUCAGCAGAAGACCCGCAUGCCUAUUCAAAAAAGAAAUGAUGGCUUAUGGUCAUACGCAAGUCAUACUGUAGAUGUGUGCAGAUACCCCUCCUCUUGGCAGCCUCCAAUGCUGGUGUGUGAAUGUGGGAAUGUGUAUGUGUAUUUGAAAACACUUUGAGACAACUGUAUAGUUGUGAUAUUGUGCUACAUAAAUAUGUUUUGAUUGAUUGAUUGAUUGAUUGAUUGAUUGAGAUCAUCUGCAAUAUAAAUUAUAUGCGGAUAUGACAAGAUGAAGAGCUGUGAAUGAGCUGUGCUCUGAAAUGGAUCGUCUCUGAAAGACACAUUGCACCAGGUAAUGAAAAACUGAUUUUACUCACAAAACCUUAACAAAACAAGUAUUUUAUAACAGUGGCCAGACCUAAAGCACAUUUUAUGUCUGUAGUUAAAUCAUAAUGAAUGGUUGACAUUAUAUUUUUUAAUCAGAGUUGUCAGGAACAUAGAACUGCCAGAAACAGAACGCAAUAUACAGUAUUUACGUACAUCAAUGGCUAACACACAGGCUUACUGUAGCGGCUUUGCACAAAACAAGCAAUGCGUGAAAUCAAAUGAAUAAGGUGUGCGUAAAUGGUAAGACAAUAUCUCGGCACAAUUUUAGUUGAAACAGGGUAAAUAUAUGCCUGCUGGAGUUGCACUAUGCAGGUUUAUAUUGAGUCACUGCCUUUUGGUGCGUCAGCUUUGUCGUAGCGGAGAUCAAUGUGUUACACAGUCUGAUUUCAAAACUGUUAAUUCAAAUGUUACGAAAGACUUCACUGCUGACUUUUGAUGCUUUUCUAUUGUGAAUGGUAACGCUACGCCCUGUGAAUGUCUUUCAUGAACGAAUGUCUGUAAUAAUACGCAACUGUAUAAUUGUUUGCACUGAGAAUUAUAGGCCUACACUGUGUUAGAAAUUAAAAUAUGAUCCAUAAGAUAUCAAAA